CAUACCCAUCUUCCACUCUCGCCCAACAGUUCCUUCUCUUUUUAUCCCAUUCAGCCGCCGCGAGCUGGGCAUUGUCCUCUUGUGUUGCAUUGUGUGGUUUUCUUCCUAUUUCUCCACGACUGCUAGCACCAAGAUACUUCCACGGCAGUCUUAGAAGACCGAUCAAACUCCCCCCAAUUCACCACAUCCAUCUAUCAUCUCCUCAAAACCCAUCAUUGUAAAUUACCUUCCCCCUUCCCCUCGCACGGAAGGGUAUCCAGCAGAGCACUCCGUUGCAUGCGUACACGCAACGCUAUCACCAUCAACUAUCGACAAUUGCCGCCAUCCAUCUACCACCACCAUCACACUAUCUACACCUUUUUACACCACAUCCCACAUCACCUCACCGCAAAAAAGGAAUAGGAUAUCCCUAUUUCUAUUUCUCUCAGUUUUAUUUGACCUUUUUUUCUUCCCUCGAACAACAAAAUCAAAAAACUCCUCGCGGCCGGGGGAGAAAAGUCUAAUUGAAUCGCCUAAUACCAUCUAUAAUAUCUACCCACCAAACUUACACACACGAAAACCCCCCACUACCACCCGCGAUAAUAAUAAUAAAAAUAGAAGGAAAAAAACAGAAAAAAACAAGAAAAAGGUAACACACACAUGAAUACCACAUCCUUCAAGCUCCCCCCAGCAGACACAGUCCCAACACUCUCAACGAGAAAGCACAAAGAGAUACUCAGCGCCCUGUUCGAGCCCUGCCCAGCGCUCGACACCCUCGCACUCGAGUACCUCGCCGCCGGACCAUUCGAGAGCUAUGACGACCUCGUCGGGAUCGUGUACGGGUUGCUGGCGGACCUGAAUGGGAGCAAGACGGCCAAGAAUACGGAAUGGCUACUCAAGAUACUCGGAGCGCACCCAAGGUUGGGGGCUAAGAACAUUGAGAGCGAGUUGUCGGCUGGGGAGCAGGCUGGCCUUGCGACGGCUAAUCCUGAGGAGGAGGAGGCCCUCAAAAGGCUGAAUGAGGAGUACGAGAAGAGAUUUCCCGGUGAAUAAAAGCUUCUUUACCAACGGUCAUGGCAGGCAAAUCAUCAUUAAAGAUAUGGAAAGGAGAAUCUCUCGAUGCGAUAUCGAAGCUGAGAAAGAAGAAGCCAUCAAAGCUGUGUGCGACAUUGCUAGAGAUAGAGCCAACAAACUCACGCCCAAGAAAACCGUAUGA